UCAUAUUCCACUCAUUAUCCUCGGUGACGUCACGCGGCGCGGUCGGGGGACGAGCUUCUACUUCAGUUUCUUUCGAGGAAAUGUGACUGUUAAAAAAAGAAGAAAAGAAAGAAACAGGAGACGACUUUAACUUCCAGGAGCUGCGGGAUGAGUGUUAUUUAAUUGGUCGUCGUCGUCAUCCCUCUGUGUUUUAUUGUGAAGGGUCGAAGAAGAACGUGAACAUGGAAGAUGGGGGCAAACAGCCCCAUCCCUUCGGGGGUGGACAGCCGAGGAUUCAGCAUCCCAGACCGUUCUUCUACGUCCAGCCGCCGUCUCAGCCGUACUACCCCUACCAGCAGUGGCAGAUGAACAACCCAUACGCUCACUAUGGUUUGCCUGGAGGUUUUAACUUCAACCGUCCCUGCAUGCACCCUUACCAGUACAUGCAGUAUCCCGGCUUCGUUUAUCCUCAAGCCCCGUUAUAUCCAGUUGACUACAGGCGAAUGUUUGAACCCCGGUUCCACGCGCCUCCUGCCUGGGGCCCGCAGCAGCAGCAGCACCACCACCCCCCCCACCAGCCCCAGGGGCGCAGAGAAAUGGCGUGCUCCGAGGCCCAAACAGACGCCAGCGACGCUAUAACCAAGCUGAUCGAGUGCCUGGAUAAGAUCCGAGCCAGCGAGCUGCAGGGCGCAGAGAGAGAACUGGACUCCGGUGUCGUCUCCCACUCGUCGGGCAUGUUUUCUCCGGGAGAAGAGAAGAAAAGUGAAGCGCAGGGUCGCGUCCUGCCCUCGGUGCCUGAUGGCAGCCACCUGGAAAGUCCUGCUGUGGCCUUCAGUGACUCCACCACGGCGGUGUACGAUGCCGAGUCCAGCCACAGAAGCUUGGACGCCCUGAGCCCUCAGGGAUGCUGGUCGGGAGUCUUCGAAGAGGAGCUGCCCCUCGAUAGCUCCUCUGUCCAUGAAGAGUGCCCCGAGCUGGAGCAGCUGGCCGAGGACCAACACCUUCUCCCUCUGGAGAAGGAGGAGGUCACGGAUAUCCACUCAGAUGUCUUGGUGAUGGACCCGGGCGUUCCCACAUGCGACGGCGAAGAGCUCCUGAAGUCGUCACUGGCCCCUUCCUCUUCCUCCAGUCCUCCUUCACUCAAGGAAACUAACAGUUGCUCCACCGCCUCAAAGACGGAACAUCAGGCGGCGUCUUUCGAUGGAGAUGAAUCCGAUCGGAGAUACCAGAUCCUCAAGCUGCCGUUCGAGAGCAUUCUGACACCCGGAGCUGCAGGAGCCGCUCGCCUCUCCUCGCCUGCAGCCCCCUACAUCUACAACUACCUCUCCAUGCAGAGCACCCACGAGCGGAUGAGCGUCCUCAGUCCGUCCCUCGACGAGCUUUCCUCCAGAGACGAGAUGUUCUCCACAGACCUGGAUGACGUGGACCUCUUCCCUAAACACGUGUACGCGGGCCGGAGGCUCGCCGAGGUCGUGGGUUCGUCUCCUCGGGCUGCCGAGGAGGCGGAGGAGGCGUGGCUGCCCGGUUCAAAGAGGUUCAUGUGCGCGUGCUGUGGCAAAAACGUGGCAAAAGCUGCCGGUCGGGGCAAAGCCCACGGCUCCACGAUGUACAGAGACGAAGCCGGGGACUCUGAGGACGACGGCAGGUACGGACGAGGGUGCGAGCAGCCGGUCCGAGUGGUUGUGCGGAAGCACUCUGCGCCCAGGAAGCCUCAUCCCGUCCCCCUGAGACACGCGGCCAAACCCUGGUAUAAAAGAGGCCAGCACAAAGACCCCUCGCACCCCUUCGACCAGGAGCAAGGUCGCGAUCUCCGUAAGCAGGAGCCGGCCGACGGUGAGAUGGGAGAGGUGACUGGAGGCGAGCUGCAGUGCAGAACAUACCAGGACGGAGUCUGCAGAGAAGAGCUGACCACUCCAGAUCAAGUCAGGUGGGGAGACGGAGACGUGGUUCCCAGGAGGAGACGAGCGGCCGCUCUGCCACGACAAGAGGUGAGCACUCAGAGGAAGGUGAUGUACCACCGGCCAAGAGAUGAGGACCAUGAUGACGAUGAGCCACCACCAUUACACUGGGAGAGAGGCUCUACCAUGAGAGGAGAACCCAGAUGUUGACGUCCCGCGACCGACUUUUGAACAAAGUGUUGAACUCUAGGUGAAAUUCACAAUAUACUGUAUCUCCCAAAUGCCGAUCAAUGAUUUAAAUAAAAAUAUUGUAAUGUUUAGGUUUUGUUUUUUUGUUUCGUCCCCAGGCCCCAAAGGUAUAAAUGUUCCAGGAUAAUGUGUCUGUAAAUACUUGCGAGCACCAGGUGAAAUGCACUGCACAGGAAGCCUCUUUUUGUUGGAGGAAAAUGUAAAAAGGAAGAAAAAAAAAAAAAGGAAUGUAUAAAGUUUCUGCUGUGACACUUCUCUGCACUAUUCACGAUUGAUGGGUUUCACAAACAGGCGUAUGGGCUGAAAUGUUGUGCUGCAGAUGAUGGCGAGCCACUGUUUGGGGCCAGUCCAAUAAAAUAUUGUCAUUAUUAUUUAAGUUUGGUGUUUUCAUUAUUUUAAUAGCGUUUGGGUAAUUGCUCCGAUGUACCUGAGGCGGAUUUCAAGGAAGUUGUUUCAGCGAUUCACACGAUCUCUAACCGCUUCCAGACAUCUUUGCCUUUUAUUUAAUCUAUGAUCAUCUAAUAUUGAUCUGCAGAAUCAGACGACCAUCUAUUAAUGUCUACUAUCUACUGGAGCUG